AUGGAUUCAAGCAAGGUCCUGAUUGUAGGUUCCACCGGCUACAUCGGCACAUGGAUAACCAAGGCCUGCCUGGCUUCUUCCAGGCACCAGACCUUCCUGCUCACCGGCCCAACCACUCAUGCCAGCAUUCACAAGCUGCCACUCCUCCUCUCCUAUAAGCAAGCAGGUGCUACGCUGGUGGAGGCCUCCCUGGACGACCAUGAAUCUCUGGUCUCCCUCGUCCCAGGGAUCGACUACGUCAUCUCCGCCAUCGCCGAAAGCCAAAUUAAACAGCAGCUCAAGCUCGUCCGGGCCAUAAAGCAAGGUAGAACCAUCAAGAGAUUUCUUCAUUCAGAAUAUGGAGUGGACCCAGAUUUCAUCGAGCACUCCAUCGCGCCUGGUUCAGUGUUCUUUGUGCAAAAAGAAGGGUGA